GGGCACCCCCCUGGAGAUGAAGACGCCCGUGUCACCCCCCCAGUCAGAGUGUAACCCCGUGGGGGCUCUGCAGGAGCUGGUGGUGCAGAAGGGCUGGCGCCUGCCCGAAUACACGGUGACGCAGGAGUCGGGGCCGGCGCAUCGCAAGGAGUUCACCAUGACCUGCCGCGUGGAACGCUUCGUGGAGAUCGGCAGCGGCACCUCCAAGAAGCUGGCGAAGAGAAACGCGGCCGCCAAGAUGCUGGUGCGGAUCCACAACGUCCCCAUGGAGCCGCGCGAGGGCAGCGAGGCCGAGGUGGAGGAGGACCAGUUCUCCAUG